AUGGUCCCCGCACCGAGUUGCCAGUAUACGUGGGACUACUGGACGUCCUCCACGUCCGACCACGUCGAGCUGAUAUGUCUGAUGCCAAACUCUGUGUAUAUACCUCUCACAGUGAGCUGGGAUGCUACAUUGCAGGAUGUCAAGGAGGAACUAUGGGAUCUGGCAGGGAAGUUCCCGUUAUUUGGGAUGCUUCAUGAAAUGUCAGGCUAUGUAUUCCAAUUUAUCAACUCGUUAGCUGUAACUGAAGAAGUGGAUGAUGAGAAUAAGAGGCUGCGAGACAUAAAGCCAGUGUGUGGAGUGCUUGUUAUUAUUGAACGGUCUAUUGAGAGGCCUGGUGAACAUUUGCUAAAUACACACAUCAGCAAUUUGAUUGGGAAAGGUUUGAGUGAAUUUGACAAUCUGAGGAGUUCUGAGGUAAAUGAUUUUCGGAUGCGAAUGCGUUAUCUUGCGGAGGAGAGUAUGAAUAAAAGGGCACUGAGCACUCGUCUGGAGAGGCUUAGAUAUCGAUGUCCACCUAGACUUGCCGAUAGUCCUUCUGUGCCAUCAACCCUUAUAAGUCACCUGAAUAACAAUUGUUUUAUACUUGUCACUAAAGUCGCCAAUACAGAGUUCUCGUUUACGUCAAACGUGCCAGUAUCACGUACACCUCAACAGCAUAUAGACACGAUAUUAAAGAAAAAGGUGAAUUCCCUUAACAUGAGGGGGGAAGACCCUCGCAACUACGUACUGAAGGUUUGCGGUCGCGAGGAGUACUUAUUUGGGAAGGAGCCACUCAUCCAGUUCCUAUAUAUACAAGAGAUGCUCGCGAAAGAUGGCGUGCCGCAGGUCAUGACCGUGAGCAUAGACAAAUUAACACUCGGCUGUGAUAACCCUGUGGAAAGGAGGCCACUGCCACCAGAUUACGCUACUAUACGUAAAAAGAAGAGCCAACAUGAAUCUUCUUGGAAUAUAGACAAAAACUACACUUGCAUGGUGCAGAGUGUAGGUGGACUGAACGUGGAUCCCGGGCGACUUGUGGAGGUUGUGUGUCAAGCUGGCAUCUUUCAUGGAGGCAAGGCGUUAUGUGAAGCUCAGAAGACGCGAGUCGCAGCAGUCUCUAAAGAAGGCGUGGCGCAAUGGGACGAAGAGCUCACGUUUCCUAUCAAAGUUUAUAAUAUGCCCCGAAUGGCAAGGCUUUGUUUUGUUAUAUAUGAAAUAUCCAAGACCAAAGGAAAACGGAGGGGGAAAGACUCUAAGGACUCUAUCAACAAGUUGGCGUGGGCGAACACGAUGAUAUUUGACUAUAAGGAGCAGCUACGUACGGACGGGCUGACGCUGUUCAUGUGGACGCACGUGGCUGACGAAACACAGGGCGAUGACUGGCUACUUCACCCGCUAGGCACUGUCGUCUCCAACCCCAACACAGACUCUUGCGCAGCGCUGCAAGUGCGCUUCUCCAAUUUCGACUGCCAGUUCCCGAUACUGUUCCCAAAACAAGAAACAGUAAAAGCCUACGCGGACGACAUUGAACUAGGCUCACCUGACGUCAUCGCGCGACUCAGCCGGGACUUUGAACAGCUUCGAGCAACGGCUGAAAAAGAUCCCAUGUAUGAGAUGCACGAACAAGAGAAAAAAGACAUUUGGGCUUCUAGGGAGUACUUCCGCGUGGAGGCGCCGGAGCUGCUGCCGAAGCUGCUGUCGUGCGUGGAGUGGGGCGAGCGCGCGGAGGCGGCCAGCGUGGCGCGCAUGGUGGCGGGCUGGCCGCUGCUGCGCGUCGAGUGCGCGCUCGAGCUGCUCGACUACGCCUACGCGGACGCCGCCGUGCGCAGCUUCGCCGUCAAGUGCCUGGCCGAGAUCAGAGAUGAAAACCUACUUCUCUACUUACUACAACUGGUUCAAGCUUUGAAACACGAGUCCUACUUGAUGUGCGAUCUCUCCGUGUUCUUGCUUCAACGGGCCUUCAGUAACAUGACCAUUGGGCACUUUCUCUUUUGGCAUUUGAGGUCGGAGAUGCACGUGCCCGCCGUAUCGGUGCGCUUCGGGCUGAUGCUGGAGGCGUAUUGCCGCGGCUGCCAGGACCACAUCAACAGCCUCAUGCGCCAGAUCACUUGCCUCGACAAACUUAAAUGGGCCAGUCAGUGUGUCCGAAAGAAGAAGGAAAUAUCAAAAGCUCGAGCAGCGCUGCACCAGCAUCUGCAGGAGCAACAUUGCAUGGAAACCCUGUGUGAAUUCGUGUCACCCCUAACACCUAGUUUAAUCUGUAAGAAAAUUAAACCAGAGCGAUGUCGGGUAAUGGACAGCAAGAUGCGACCGCUGAUGUUAGAAUUUGAAAACGUAGAUCCCACCGGCUCGGACAUACGGAUCAUUCUGAAAAUCGGUGACGAUCUGCGGCAAGAUAUGUUCACGCUACAGAUGCUGCGGAUUAUGGACAGGUUGUGGAAGAACGCUGGAUACGACUUUAGGUUGAACCCGUACAACUGUAUAUCCAUGGAGUACGCUGUGGGAAUGAUCGAAGUCGUAGACGACGCGGAGACGGUCGCCAACAUACAGAAGCAGAGCGCCUUGUUCAAUGCCGCUUCCACUAUAUACAAGGCUAAUCUGUUUCAAUGGUUAAGGAAGCAAAAUCCAACUGAGAGCAGUUUCAAUAAGGCCGUAGAAGAGUUCACCAUGAGCUGUGCAGGCUACUGCGUCGCCACGUACGUGCUGGGCAUCGCCGACAGGCAUCCUGACAAUAUUAUGGUCAAGAAGUGUGGUCAGCUUUUCCAUAUAGACUUCGGCCACUUUCUUGGCCACUUCAAGCAGAAGUACGGGUUCAAACGUGAGCGUGUGCCCUUCGUUCUAACGCACGAUUUUAUUCACGUCAUAAAUAAGGGACAGCGAGGGUCUGGAGUUAAUGAAGCACUCGACUUCAAGAUUUUUAAAGAACAUUGUGAGACAGCUUUCAAAAUUCUCCGAAAGCAUGGCCAUCUGAUCCUUUCCUUGUUUUCAAUGAUGAUCUCCACUGGUCUACCCGAGCUUAGGUCGGAGAAGGACCUGCAAUACCUCAGAGAAACUUUGGUAAUGGAUUUAUCCGAAGAAAAAGCACUGGAGCACUUUCGACUAAAGUUUAUAGAGGCAGUGAAGAACUCGUGGAAGGCGUCAGUGAACUGGGCAAUACACAACAUCGACAAGAACAACUGA